CUAGCCAACUCUCAUUCGUGUUUCUGAUCUCAUAGUGAAAAGAAGUGAAUUAUACAAGUGAACAAGUUAGAGCAAGAUACAUAAUAUCUAGCACCAAGAAGUAAAUAUAUCGGUAAAUUCAAUUUAAUUAGAAAUCAGCACACAGAAUUAUAUUAAAAUGUUUGAGAAUCGUGGUAGUGAUAAUCGCUCAAAUAUGUCAAUGAACCGUGGUGGCGGUGGUGGUUUCCGUGACCAGCAAAAUCGUCCAGGUGGCCCAGGGCCCAUGCGCCAUGGUGGUCCCGGUGGGAUGCAACACAAACGACCAACACCCUACGGUCGUCCUCAACAGCCCAAUCAAUACAACAAUGAUCGUCGUCCCUAUGACAACAAAUCCAAUUCUCCUGGUCGUGUUAAUGGCGACAACUUACCCAACAUUGUUUGGUCCGAAUUGAAACUAACACCAAUUGAAAAGAAUUUCUACAAACCAUGCGAUGCUGUAGCAGCUCGUCCUCAAGAGGAAGUUGAUGGAUUUUUAUCACUCAAUUCCAUUACCUUGAAGGGAUCAAGCAUUCCCACACCAAGCAUGGAAUUUACGGAGGGUGGUUUCCCCGACUAUGUCAUGGAUAGCAUCAAACGUUUGGGUUUCUCUAAGCCCACUGCAAUUCAAGCUCAAGGUUGGCCAAUCGCACUUAGUGGGAGAGACAUGGUGGGUGUGGCUCAAACCGGCUCGGGUAAAACGUUAGCAUACAUCUUACCAGCCGUGGUUCAUAUUAACAAUCAACCACGCUUGGAACAUGGCGACGGCCCGAUCGCUUUGAUCCUGGCACCCACACGUGAACUAGCUCAGCAAAUCCAGCAAGUUGCAAACGAUUUCGGCUCUCAGACUCAAGUACGCAAUACCUGCAUUUUUGGAGGCGCUCCUAAACACUAUCAAUCACGUGACCUGGAGCGGGGAGUUGAAAUCGUUAUUGCGACUCCUGGAAGAUUGAUAGAUUUUCUUGAACGUGGCGUAACCAAUUUGAAACGUUGCACCUACUUGGUGCUUGAUGAAGCCGAUCGUAUGUUGGAUAUGGGCUUUGAGCCUCAAAUCCGCAAGAUCAUUAAACAAAUACGUCCCGAUCGUCAAGUUUUGAUGUGGUCCGCAACCUGGCCCAAAGAAGUUCGCAACUUGGCCGAAGAGUUCUUGGACAAUUACAUACAAAUUAAUAUCGGUUCCCUCACCUUGUCGGCCAAUCACAAUAUUCUACAAAUUGUCGAUGUUUGUGAGGAAAAUGAAAAAGAUGUUAAGCUAUUGAAACUUUUGGGUGAAAUCUCAUCUGAAAAAGACACAAAGACCAUUAUCUUUGUGGAGACCAAAAAGCGUGUCGAUGAAAUCACCCGUUCCAUAUCGCGUCAAGGAUGGCGUGCAUGUGCCAUUCACGGCGACAAGUCUCAGCAAGAACGUGACUACGUCUUGGCAUCGUUCCGUAAUGGCCGCAAUGCCAUUUUGGUUGCCACUGAUGUAGCUGCCCGUGGAUUAGAUGUCGAUGAUGUUAAGUUCGUCAUCAACUACGAUUAUCCUUCGAACUCGGAAGACUAUGUACAUCGUAUCGGGCGUACUGGACGUUCGAAUAAUACGGGAACGGCAUACACACUCUUCACCACAUCAAAUGCCAACAAGGCCAAUGACUUGGUUCAGGUGCUGAAGGAAGCUAAUCAGGUCAUAAAUCCACGUCUCAUGGAUAUGGCUGCGGCAACAUCGCGUCGUGGCGGUCGUGGUCACAAUUCCCAUGGGGGUUUCAAACAAAACAAUUACCAACGUUUUGGUGGUCGGCAAAAUAACAACUACGGUCGUCCGGCAGAACAUCAGCAGCAGCAGCAUCAUCAACAACAAAGACCAUCCUAUUCACAAUAUCCUCCACAACAAGCUCAAUUAGCCGGCGGUGGUUAUCAACAACAGCAACAACAAGCGACCAGAACCAAUGGCCAACAGUCCAGAUUUUCACAGGCUCCACCACCACAACAUCAGCAGCAACAACACCAUCAUCAUCAACAGCAAGCUCCUCCUCGUCAUCAAUCCGCCUAUGAGCCUUCGGCCACAGAUAAGAAAUCGCGUUUUGGCCCACCAACUGCCACAGUUGGAGGAGGACACUACGAUUCGGCAGCGUCUUAUAUGCCCAAAACAUUGGCUGCAGGCGGCUAUGUUCAACAGGCUCCUCCCCCACUACCCACAGCUGCGUAUGUCGUUCCCUCAUCAGCGUAUGCGUAUCCCCCGCCCCCACUACCCGUUCAGAAUUGAACAACCUGAUUUUCAUAAACAGAGGCUUUUAAACUCAUUUUAAUUCCAAACCAUACAUACAUUUUUUCAUAGUAAUUAAUAACUAAUAUAUAACUAUUCAAUAUUGUUGUAUCGCGGCGUCGUCGCCAUUGAAUGUCGGUCGUGUACCACCGUUGUCGUCGUUGCCGCGCAACCGUAGUUAAAUUUCAAGUAUUACAAAAAUAUCCAAUUUUGUAUCUGUGAAUUAUCUUCGUUUUUUUCACCACCCAUUCUUUUCCCCUUCAAUCGGUUGUUCUAUUUUUUCUCUCAAAUUGUUUUUUUUUACUCUUCUCUACUUUUUAUGCUUUAACACUAUAUAAACAAUAAGAUUUUAUUAUAUAUAAAAUAAAUAUAAAAUCUUAUUUAUUCUUUAUCCCUUAAGUAUAUUUAAUAUAAGAACAUUUUAGAUAUUACAAUAACUUUUUGAAGUUAUGAUGCAAAAACAUAAAACCAAAACAAAAAAACACAAUAAAAAUAACACAAAAUAAAGGUUUACUCUCAAUCUUAUUGAAACCAA